UAAUUCUACAUUUGCAUGACGACAUUGGGUUUCAUUGUAAUGAAUAAACACCAGAAGAAAGAGGAGCCAAAAUGUGCCAUAAAAGUAAACACUAAUGCAAUAUCAACUUUUAUUCCUUGAUUAUAGGCGAAAUGUCUGUGGAGGCGGAUUACACCAUUGUCGUUCAUACCUUGGAUCGUGGACCCACCGCUCCAAGUGGCUCGCCUUAUGUCAUCAAGUUGGAAACCUUCCUUCGCAUGGCUAAAUUGAAAUAUGAAUUGGAUUUUAAAAAACCUUUCAGUAAAAAGGGCAAAACCCCUUGGAUCACUUACAACGGACAAGAUAUCGCCGAUUCUCAAAUCAUCCAAGAAUUUUUAUCUCAGAAGCAUGGAAUUGUUUUCUCCGCUCACUUGACUCCAGAGGUAAGAGCCGUUGCUCGAGGAAUGAGAGCCAUCCUAGAAGAUCAUUUCUAUUACUCCUUCUGUCUGGAUCAAUGGGUUUACAACGACGUCAAAAACGUCUUGAAUUAUUUCGCACCUUUACCCAUCCCCAAGUUAUUCGUACCUUUGGUGCUCCGCAAGUGGAAGAGCAGCAUGAAACAGAGUUGCAAAAGCCAAGGAAUUGGUCGCCACACUCAGGCCGAGGUCGAGAAGAUGGGUCGAGAGGACCUUCAAUCCGUGUCUGUCUUUUUGGGAGAGAAAACUUACAUGAUGGGGGACAAGCCAACUGAACUGGAUUGCUUGGUUUUUGGCAUGACAGUGAUGAGUUUUUACACGGCUCCAUCACAUAGCCCUUAUUACAAAGCCGUGGCUGAGGACUUUCCUAAUCUGAAGCGUCACCUAGAUCGAAUGAAGGAGGAAUAUUGGCCUGACUGGGAUGAUUGUUUGUACAAUAAGGCAUAACAAUGAGCGAUUUUGUAGGGAACGAAGACCAUGUGCCAUACCCAAUCUCACUUUAUUCAAAAAUAUUUCUGCAACUUCCUUGUGAUAUGCAAUUGGAGAGUGAUCUGAUAAAACCGCAAUAAAUGUUUUGUAGUCAG